AUGGAGGAGGUAAACACUCACAUGGAGGAGGUAAACACUCACAUGGAGGAGGUAAACACUCACAUGGAGGAGGUAAACACUCACAUGGAGGAGGUAAACACUCACAUGGAGGAGGUAAACACUCACAUGGAGGAGGUAAACAUUCACAUGGAGGAGGUAAACACUCACAUGGAGGAGGUAAACACUCACAUGGAGGAGGUAAACACUCACAUGGAGGAGGUAAACACUCACAUGGAGGGGGUAAAUAUUCACAUGGAGGAGGUAAACACUCACAUGGAGGAGGUAAACACUCACAUGGAGGAGGUAAACACUCACAUGGAGGAGGUAAACACUCACAUGGAGGAGGUAAACACUCACAUGGAGGAGGUAAACACUCACAUGGAGGAGGUAAACACUCACAUGGAGGAGGUAAACACUCACAUGGAGGAGGUAAAUACUCACAUGAAGGAGGUAAACACUCACAUGGAGGAGGUAAACACUCACAUGGAGGAGGUAAACACUCACAUGGAGGAGGUAAACACUCACAUGGAGGAGGUAAACACUCACAUGGAGGAGGUAAACACUCACAUGGAGGAGGUAAAUACUCACAUGAAGGAGGUAAACACUCACAUGGAGGAGGUAAACACUCACAUGGAGGAGGUAAAUACUCACUUGGAGGAACUAGAUGCGACAAAGUAA